AUGAAAGGGUUUUUCACGAAGAAAAGUCAUGAUUCUAAAAAGGAGCCAUCGAAUAGCCCUAAAAUAGAGUGCAACACUGUCAUCAAGAGGCCUUCGAGUCGCCAUGUAAAGUCGCAGACUUUGGAGCAACUGGACACGCAUCAAUUGGACUGCAUCUGUCUGAUUGUCCAUCAUUUUGAGAGCCCUGAGAAUCUCAUCUUAACGAGAGCUCAAAGUCGUGAUGAAGGGGAGGCCGACCUUGAUGCGGUGAACAAGAAAUCUUUAUCCUCGAACGAAAAGUGCUGGUUAACAAAAGAGCGUAUACUGAGGUAUCUUCGAUCAACUAGUUGGGAUACUAAGAAGACAAUCGAGAGGAUAGAGAAUACCAUCACUUGGAGGCGAGAAUUUGGCCUUUCCGAAAACAGCGAUGGUGCGUGUGAUAUCUCGGCAUUUGCAGAAGUAGCCAAGACGGAAAAUAAAACGGGUAAAAUGUAUCUACUUGGUUAUGACCGUCAACAACGCCCAAUUCUGCACAUCAAGACCGGCCGUCAAAAUACACAGACAAGCUUUGCGCAAAUACAACAUCUGAUAUACAUGAUUGAAAGCGCCGAGGUGAUGAUGCCUCCGGGAGUUGAUACAUUGACGGUUUUGUUAGAUUUCAAGAACUAUAAUGAUUUAACUCCACCGCUUGCGCGGAUGCCUCCAAUUUCCAUAAGCAAACAAGUUUUGCACAUUAUACAAGAGCAUUAUCCCGGAAACCUGGGCCGCGCUGUCUUGAGCAACAUACCAUGGUACUGCUGGAACUUCAUCAAGAUAUUUCAACCAUUUGUCGAUCCUAUAACAAGGUCCAAAUUGAUUUACGAGGAGCCAUUUGAUACUUACAUUGAGCAAUCCCAAUUAGAGACUUUGCACAACGGUAGGCUGGAGUUCGUUUACAGCAAUGAUACUUAUUUGGACGACUUAGCGCGUUGUGUCACAAAGCGAAAAGCUCAAAUGUUUCAAGCGUUUUUAGAUCACGGCGGGAAUGUGGGAGUGAGUGAGGAUGAUCUGAAGCAGCACUUAUCCACAGAUCACGCUUCAUAG